CAGUGCACAAUAGGAGGGCCGUAUCAGAGGAAGUGCUCCAAGCAGGAAUGUGACCCCGCCUCCAGAGAUUGUAAUAAAGUGGGUUGGGUUGUGUUUAUGCAACUUAUCCAGUCUUGUCCAGUUUCACUGCCACAGCAGCUAUUGAAACUUUUGAAGUCAUGUCGGCGGCUCUGAUGCAAGAUGAGGUGUUUAGGGCUUUCAGCACUUACGCACUGAUUGUUAUCCUGAAGAUGAUGAUGAUGUCGUUUGUUACAGUAUAUUACCGCGUAACCAGAGGGGCCUUUGCCAAUGAGGAAGACGUAGGUCAUGGGUCUACAGAGGAAAAGAAGAAGAAGAUGCUGAGAAGCGAUCCAGAAGUAGAGCGAGUUCGAAGAUGUCACCUGAAUGACUUGGAGAACGUCGUUCCCUUCGUGCUGGUCGGAUUGUUCUACGCUUUGAGCGGACCGGAACUCUCGUCUGCUCUGCUACACUUCCGCGUAUUCGCCGGCGCUCGGAUCUUCCACACCUUCUCCUACCUCGGCCAUCUCCCACAACCCUGCAGGGGUCUGUCUUUCUUCCUGGGCCUUCUGGUCACCCUCUCCAUGGCGUACAAUGUUCUCAGUAAUGUUUUUGCUAUCUGAUGAUGACGGCAGCAGACCAACAAGACCACUCAGCUUAGUGCUUCACUCACAGGUUAAAUUUGCUUUGUUGUUCAAGGUUUUGAACAUGAUUUGUAAUUAUUAUUCAUGAAACACAGUUGUACUGUAAAUGAAAAAAUACAAUAAAUUUUGUACUGCG